UGACUCUUCUUCGUUGGUGCGCUUGCCAUGUUUGCGGAAGCUUGGUGACAGCGACUGACCCAAGGCUUGUCGCUUUUUUUUUCUUGUUAAUGUUGUAACUAGCUGUGUUUUAUAGUCUAAAAUGAAUCUACCGAAGGGACCAGAUUCUCUGUGCUUCGACAAAGAUGUUUUUAUGAAGGAUGAUUUUGACGUUGACCAGUUCGUGGCUGAGUGUCGGAAGCAGGUCCAGUUGGAGGAGAUGAGAGAGGACCUGGAGCUCUACUACAAGCUGCUGAAAACGGCUAUGGUGGAGCUCAUCAACAAGGACUAUGCAGACUUUGUUAACCUCUCCACCAAUCUGGUGGGGAUGGACAAAGCCCUCAAUCAGCUUUCUGUGCCUUUAGGACAGUUACGGGAAGAGGUUAUGAGUCUUCGGUCAUGUGUGAGUGAAGUGAUACAGGCUAUCGACAACCAGCUGUCCAAACAGGAAGACCUGCAGAAAAAGAAGGUGUGUGUAUUAAGGCUAAUUCAGGUGGUACGCUCUGUGGAGAAAAUCGAGAAAAUCCUCCACUCACAGAACUCCAAGGAAUCCAGCUCUCUGGAAAUCAGCAGUCCCUUGUUAGCAGGUCAGAUCCUGGAGAGGAUUGCUACAGAAUUCAACCAGCUGCAGUUCCAUGCCGUACAGAGCAAAGGCAUGCCCCUACUGGACAAAGUCAGACCUCGUAUUGCAGGGAUCACAUCUAUGCUGCAGCAGUCUCUGGAGGGGCUGCUGAUUGAGGGGCUGCAGACGUCUAACGUGGACAUGGUGCGCCACUGUCUGAGGACUUAUGCAACUAUAGACAAAACUCGAGAUGCUGAAGCUCUGGUAGGACAAGUGCUGGUCAAACCGUACAUGGACCAGGUGAUAGUUGAAGAAGUAGUGAAGUCAAGUCCAACUGGUCUCCAGCUGAUGUACUCGAGACUGCUGGAGUUUGUUCCUCACCACUGUAGACUGCUUAGAGAGGUGACUGGAGGAGCCAUAUCCAGUGACAAAGCUGACACAGUACCAGGGUACGAUUUCCUCGUCAACUCUGUGUGGCCAGAGAUGAUUAAAGGAAUAGAGGAAAGGUUGUCCUACCUCUUCAACCCCGGAAACCCUGAUAUAUUCUAUGAGCGUUACAGCGUGAGUAUGGAGUUUGUGCGGAAGUUUGAACGACAGUGCAGCUCACAGGCCAGCGUAAAGAGACUCAGAGUUCACCCCUCAUACAACAGUUUCCACAACAAAUGGAACCUGCCUGUUUACUUUCAGCUACGGUACAAGGAAAUAGCAGGACGCCUGGAGAAUGCAAUAAGUGAUGGAUUAGAGGCAGCGCCAGCUGACAGUGCGUACCACCUGCAGGUGUCUGAGGUGCUGUGGUUCUGUUUAGAGAGGUGUUGGUCAGACAAGGUCUAUCUGUCGCCUCUGGCCCAUCGGUUCUGGAAGCUUACACUGCAGCUGUACUCCCGAUACGCCAAGUUUCUUGAUGAGGUGUUGACUAAAACUCAGUCUUCUGAGGUGGUUAAGGAGCCAACCAGACCUCUGCCGAGCUCGGCCUCCUCUACAUCCAGCCGAACGUCACUGGAUGACGGCGGCAGUGAGAGUGGGAGCUCUGCCUCCCUGUCCACCAAACAGCUGGUUUAUAUUGCGGCGGACAUCCAAAAGCUGCAGGAGCAGAUCCCAGAGUUGUCAGAGAUGGUCAGACAGCGGUUAGAAGCCAUUGGAUUCAAAAACUUUGCUAUUGUGGAAGAUGCUUUAGCUGACUCCAAGGCUUGCCUGACAAGCAGCAUUCCCACCCUGAACACCAGAAUGACCCAGCAUCUGACUGAACGCAGCUGUCGCUUCCUGAAAAGCGCCUCUGAGGUUCCACGACUCUACCGCAGGACUAACAAAGAUCUGCCAGUGCGUGCAUCAGCGUACAUGGACAACGCCUUACGCCCGUUGCAUCAGUUGCUGACUGACUCCACAGGGCUGGUCACUCCUUCAACAGCACAAGAGUGGCUGCGAGUUGCUCUAUCUGAAUGCACACAGAAGUACUAUGAGACCAUCUCAGAGGUACUGAGCUCAGUGAGAAAGAUGGAGGAGAGUCUGAAGCGGUUGAAACAAGCCAGAAAAGGCGCGACUACGACUACCACAGCAGGAGCAAACGGAGGACCCACGGACGACAGCAAGAUUCGUCUUCAGCUGGCACUGGAUGUGGAAUAUUUGGGAGAACAGAUCCAGAAGAUGGGUCUCCAGCCACAUGACAUCUCAAUGUUCUCCACUUUGAUGGACCUUGUGAGAGAGGCCCGAGAGCUCGCUGAGCAGAACCAGUAACUCUGCGGUGACUGAAAUCUUUUAACAUGCUCCGCUCAUCUUCACAUUUCCCGGAGACUUACGGAGUAAACGCUAACUUUUCUUCCAGUUGAAGCUGAAAUCGUGGCCUGGUAACAGUUUUGAUGAUUGCACUAUGAAGAACGCUCUACAGAAAUCCCUUUUCGAAGCAUUUGUAAAAUAACAUCUCAGUUCGAUGCAGCCUUUAGAGCUACACUGCACAAACAUUUCAAACAAUAAGAAGCUGGAGUUGCAGCUCACCAAGCAGAAAAUUGAUGUCAGAAACAGCAGAGAAAGUACGACGGGAUCAUCACUGCCUCUGUUGUAGGCCAUACAGAUAAAAGGCACUGUGGUUCUGUGCUCAUCAAAUGCCUCUAACAAAGACAGAUGCUGGAUGCUCUGUACAAACCACUGUGCAGGUAAUAGGCUGGGCCAGAAUGUUGCAUAACAAGAGUCUCAAAUCUGAUUUGCAAAGGGAGAGAAUUAAUCCUAAAAUGUUUGUCUAAUUACUGCUUUUUGCUGAAGGAUUCAUCUAUUAUGAAUAAGUCUGUUAAUAAUAUGUACAUGUUCUAAUCAAAGCUGUAUAAUAUAAUAUGUUUGACGUAAAUAACUUGGGAAUAAAGUGAAGAACUUUGGAUACAUUUUUGAGUCAAUGUGUUUUAAUAAUCAUUUACGUGCUACAGGUGGGUUGUCCAUUAGUCAUUAGUGUACACUGCACAUGUCAUUUUCUACUACCAAGAAAGAUGCAGGACUCUGAGCAUUGUGUACACAUGAUUUCACUGAAAAUCAACAAAAACCCUUUGUCAUGAAAAUUUGUCCUGAAGCAGCUGUUUUUAGGUUCUGGGAGAGCAGGAAGCACCUUUUAUUAAAGCUGAUAUGGAGAUUUACAUAUUAACACAUGGUUUCAUAUGCCCAUUUAAUAACAUGAGAUGAACAGUCUACUUUUAAAAUGACAAUAUUUUCAACUAGUUAUCACAAACUGUUUCAGAUUUGCAGACAUUUAUUAAAAAGUUUUAUUAUUGUUCUUUUGCUCAGUAAUCAACAUUGAUAAAGAAAAAAAAUAUUAUUUUAACCAGUCACUGGCCUGUUCUCUAAGUAGAUGUGAGUGUUUUUAUUUGAAAUGUCUAAUCUUUGUUUUUUCUUUAGUUACAAGCUUAUAUUGAAGGACACUGAAUUAUCUCUCCUUGAAAUAAGAUUAUUUUAUUGCACAGAAUAUAUGGGAGUGAACAUAGGAAGUAUGUGAUUAUCUGAGUGUUUUGCUCAGAUUGUUGCCAAAUUGUUGCCUCUUGUGCAACAUUUUCCUGCUUUCACCUUUUUUUGUCUUCUCUCUCCUGACCUGUUCAGACAGAAUCACUAUUGAUCUAAGUCUCAUUUAAAACAUUGAUUGUUGUGGCUUUGUAUGACAUCCUGACAAAUAAAACACUCAAAUUUGAGAUCUGUUUGGAAACAAAUGUUUUAUUUUCAGCAAUCACAAAUCGUAACAAAACAAAAAUAGACUCUUAGUUAUAAUAUACAGCAUGUUAGUCAUUUAGCCCAGACAAUCAUGGUUACUGUACCUACUCUACUAAAAAAUACUGUACAGAACUCUGCUAAUAUAAAUUUCAGGGGAUAAAAAGAUAAAUUAGAAUUUAAACAGGCAGCUUGAAAAUAACCCGGCUUAAAAAUAAUACAUGUUCAUAAAUACUGAGAGGUAUCCUCGAAGACUCCUGAGCUUGUGGAGAUCAGCUUGGUUUUGAAAAGGUAAGCUAUAACACUGUUGAACAUUUUCUCCUGCAAGGUUCAUUUCUCAUGUGCCGUUUGUGGUCAUUAUUUCAGAUGAAAAACAGGGCUAUAAUCUAAGGGCGAUGUCUGCUGCCUGACUGAUUUCAUCCCCCGCGAAAUGUAAGCUGGAGGCCAUCAAGUACAUUGUUAAAAAAAAAAGGGGGGCCUAGUAUGUUGCACAUUUUUCAUGUCAGAGGGUUUUUUUGGGGUUUAUUUGAAG